UGGAGUUAUUUCAUGGUAGUUUUCCAUGAUCCUGGUGCAGUGCCUGUUGGUUGGGAACCUCAUCCAAAAGGAAACUACUUAGCAUUGGAUGAUUCUGUCACCUUGGCAGAUCACACUGCCAGUGCUGCCAGGGAGUCAGAAUUUUCAUCUACAGAGGGAUCUGGCAGAAGGUCAAACAUACGUUACUGUAGUCAUUGUCAAAACAACAAGCCUCCACGCUGCCAUCAUUGUUCUGUUUGUCAGAAAUGUGUGCUUAAGAUGGAUCAUCAUUGCGUAUGGGUUGUCAACUGUGUUGUUUUAUACAUUCCUUGAGACUGUCUUGGAUUCUCUUGCACUACUUCCACAUUUUAUAAAAUUCUUUGGAGAAGCCCGUAAUCAUUCUGGCUCCCCUGGAAAUCUUGCGGUCACAUUCCUUUCUUUUGUGCUUAAUGUGGCCUUCGCACUGAGUUUACUCUGUUUUGUGAUCAUGCACACAUCGCUGGUAUUGAGCAAUACCACCACUAUAGAGGUUUAUGAAAAGAAGAAUGUGGUUGAGUGGAAAUAUGAUCUGGGGAAGAGGAAGAAUUUUGAGCAGGUUUUUGGUUCCAACAAGUUGUUUUGGUUUUUCCCAAUGUUUUCAAAGAAUGAUUUACAUGAUGUACCUGCACUACAUGGCUUGGACUUCCCAAUCCGUUCAGGUUUUGAAGUGUGAGCCGAGCUCCUGUGUGCGAAGGCGAGUGAUCUAGAGAGAGCUACAUUCAAUCUUCGUUCAUCUAUGUUUCCCCUUUGCUCUUCGAUCUCUCUGUGCAGGAGGUACUUUUGAUGGAUUUGUCUACCAAGAUUUUUAUGUGUUUGUUAUUUGCUAUUCUUUUUUUUUUAUUGCGUAGUGGAGGUCAAGGAGUUUCACAUGUAUGUUUUUGCCCUCGCUUCUAUCAGUACUAUUUAGGAAUUUUGAUCUCCCUACCCUAAUUACUUCAGAGUUUUCUAUGGGAUUUCCAUCCCUCUUUGCAUU